ACGAAAAUGAUGAAGAAGUAUUGAUUCGUGAAUAUUGGACAAAACAGCUAGUUCCAUUACGUGAUGAAUUUAUACAGCUUGUCAAAAGUUUAAUACCUGCAAGCUCCAAACUUAUUCAUAGCAUAAUCCGAAAAAUCACUGCACAAAUUGUUUGUAUAGACAUUCAUGAUUUUGGAUUAGCUAGAGGUAUAAUAGCCAUUAUAAUCAAUGGAGUUCGUGAAUCAUCCCUGAAACAUAUUUCUUUAAAUGAAAAAAUGGAAAACUUAAAAGUGGCUACUAAUCCUAAUCCUGAUCCUGAUCCUCAUAUUAAAAUAGAAUUGAAUCAAGAAAUAUUGGGUAGAUGGUUGAGUCUUAUGACUUAUUUGUGUAAAUAUCCCUCGGGGAAAUCAUUGUUAUUUAACUCAUUCUAUGGAAAAGUAGACGAUGUUAUGUUAGUAGAAGACCAAAAUGAUGAUGCAUCAAACACUGCCACUACUAUUACUAACAAUACUACUUCGCAAAGAUUGUUAUUGGAUAUUCUACAAAUUGGCAGCAGUAGCAGUAAAAACAAUAAUUACAAUUAUGAUUCAUUAGGAAUAAUAAAUAAAUUUCUAAAAAUACCUUAUUAUGAUAUAGUAAAUGACGAUGACGACUCUGAAUUUAAAGAUAUUAUCGAUGAGCUAUUUAAUACAACACAAAGUACUGAAAUAGAUUUCGAACUAUUUUCCAAGGAGAUAUUACCUAACUUCCAAUAUCACAAGAAAUUGAAGAUGUCUAGUGAUGAUGCAUCUAAAAAUAGAAAACUCUUGAAAACGCGUACAUUAAGUAAACUUGGUGGUGUUGCAUAUGAGAGUAAUGCACGUAGGAAUUUAGGUGGUGGGAAAACAUAUCAGAAGAACGAGUUUCGAAGUAUUCAUAAUAAUCGAAAAGCAAAUACUAGUAGACCACCGUCAGUCCAUGUUGACGAUUUCAUGUCGGGCAAAAUUCCGGUAAAUCAGCAACACCCAGAAAUGUUGGUGACAGCAACAAAUUCCACAGCCACCCCUAUCAACUUGACUAACACCAAUUCGCAACAAAAAAAGACAAACUUGGUCAAUCGAUCACCAAUACAGAAUAAGCGCGGUGGUGGUAGUAGUGGAGGUAUAAUUGCAAUUAGUCCAACUCCUCAAAUAGUAGUUAACAAUAUUCCUAGAGGUCGCACAAGACGUCCUAGUACAAGUUCAGUUACAACACCCCGUGGAGCUCCACAUGGAAGUGGUAAUUUGGGUAGAGGAACAG